UCUAAUUAACGCAACAUGUGUGUGUUGCCAUGGAUGCAAAGAACAAAUGGCUUCUUUGAGUAGAACUGGGGAGGACAGCAGUGCUAGUGCUAGUGCUAGUGAGCCACAGUGCAUCAACUGGUCUGUUGAAAAAGUGGCAGAGUGGAUAGAAAGUCUGGGAUUCAAGGAAUACAAGGGAUGUAUUCUCUCGAAUGCUGUUUCUGGUCGCAGACUGAUCUGGGUUGAUGCAUCCACUCUGCCUAGAAUGGGGAUCACUAACUGGAAGCACAUUCAGUUUAUUUCUUGCAAGGUGCGUGAGCUAUUGGCUGUGGAGGAGCCAUACUGGAACAAGUCAAUCACUUUGCCAUACCGUUGUGAGAUGGGUACGUUCCUGGAGAAGAAAAGUUUCACUGGACAGAGAUCACAAAAACUGAAAUUCACUGCCAGAACUUCUUAACAGAUUGUUGCAAUUGUCUUGUUAUACAUUUAUAUUUUGUAUGUGGUGAUGAUUUGUUUACUCUAAUAUA